AUGGCUGGGGCGAACCACUCGAGGGUGACUGAGUUCGUCCUCUUGGGCUUCACAGACCCACAGCAGCUGCUCUUUGUGAUUUUUUUACUUGUCUACGUCACCACGCUGGUGGGGAACCUGGGGAUGAUGGUCCUUAUCAAGACAAACUCUCAGCUUCACAUGCCCAUGUACUUCUUCCUCGGCCACCUCUCUUUCCUGGACAUUUGCUGUUCUUCAUCCAUCAUGCCAAAGCUCCUGUCGGGCCUCCUUGCAGAGAGAAAUAUAAUAUCUUUCAAUGGCUGCAUCACACAAUUUUUCUUCUUUGCAGUAUUCGGCACCGCAGAAGCCAUCCUUCUGGCUGUCAUGGCAUAUGAUCGCUACGUGGCCAUCUGUGAGCCUCUGCGCUACUUGGCUGUCAUGUCCCAUGGGGUCUGUGUUCAGCUGGUGGUGGGCUCCUAUGCUGCUGGAAGCCUGAAUGCCCUCGUGCACACCAGUGCUCUCCUCCGACUCUCUUUCUGCGGCCCAAACCUUAUCAAUCAUUUCUACUGUGAAAUCCCACCGCUCCUGCUACUCUCGUGCUCUGACACCUGGCUCAACAAGGUGAUGAUGGCCACGUGUAUUGGCUUCAUCAUAACGACCUCACUCCUGGCCAUCAUUGUCUCCUACACCUGCAUCCUGCUCACUACCUGGAACAUCUGCUCUGCUAAGGGCAGGCACAAAGCCUUCUCCACCUGCACCUCCCACCUCAUGGCUGUUGCCCUCUUCUACGGCUCUGCGGCUUUCUUGUAUUUCUGUCCCUUUUCCAGACAAGGAGAAGAUCAAGGGAAAACAGCUUCCAUCUUCUACACCGGGGUGACUCCUAUGCUCAAUCCUUUCAUCUACAGCCUGAGGAACAAGGAGGUGAGAAGCACCCUCAGAAGAGCUAUGAACAAGGUCCUCUUCUGCAUGUAUCCCCACAGGUCAUGCUCUAACUGA